CGAUUUACGUUCAGUUCGUCGCGUUCCGACGGCGUACGUGGAACGUUCUCGCACACGCGGUCUAAUCAUCAGCAUCAUCAUCCUCCUCGCGGUCUCGCUCGUUCGUCUAAAAGAGCAACAACCUCCUCUUCGUUGCUUCUUCAAAGUGUGUUGUUUGUUCAUUGUGCAUUUUAUUUUUGAAACUUGUUGGUGUUGAUUGACUUCGCGUAACUCCUCUUAUACUUCCGCAUGCAUACUCAUCGCAGUUUCAGUUUUUUUUUUCCUUUAUUAACCACUUACUCGUUAUGUUAUGAUGUACUUUGGAGUACGGGAACUGUUGCUUCUUUAUUUACAGCGGAAAUUUCCCCGUACGUGUAAAUUAAGUACGUCAACCGACUUACUAAGUGAGUUGUGCAAGUGACACUAAUUUUAUUUCUGCAGUGCCGGACGAGAGGGACAAACAUAAAUGGUGAUGGAAAGUGUUUUUUGUAGGAUUACAUAUACGGACUCGGCGUGAAUGUGGAAUGAGGAGUCUGAGUCCGUGGACCACGAAGAAGUGGGCCAUGGCGUGGAGUGCCUCGGUGGGCGUCCACACCAGCCCUCAGCCGCCGGGCCCUUUCACUACCUCAUCAGCGAACAAGCCAAGUCCCUCGUCGCCCUGCAGGAGUUGCAACACGAAGUCGGCGCCCUACUCGAGUUCAGAGAUUUGGUCAUGGAAACUUUCCCCAACUUACGGUCGAAGCUGCAGAGUGUCAAUUCAACGCCGGCCACCAUGACAGGCCAACACGUUCACCACUCCAACAUUCCGAUUUCCAUCCGUCCAGGCGAGUGGAUGCCUGGAGUGCGAGUACGUAAGAAACUGGGAAUAUCUAGUGGGAGCAAGGAGAAGUCUCAGACGUCAGCCGUUCAGGAUUCUGGAUUCAGUACAGAGGCUUCUAGUAAGGAGACUCACAGUGCCUCUUCCACUGUUCUUCCUACAGGUGCCUCCAACACUGGGACAGGAGAACCGGAUGAAACUGAGGACGAAUUGUGGAAUUUACUAGAUAUAAUAUACAGAAAAGGUACUCGGUUAAAAGAUGAAGUGGAGGCCCUUCAGGGCUCUAUUAGGGAGAGAACGCCUUUUGGGGAUCCGGAGGCGAACUUUCAUCGAGCGUUAUUUCAUUCUUCAUCCGAUGAUGUACGGCAGCUUAGGCAAGAAAGGGAUCUUUUGCUGGAUAGAUUGGCCGAGAUGGAAGCAGAAGUCCUAGCAGGUCGUCUACACACCUCCCGCCUCCAAGAAGACCUCGAGAGUCUCCUGAGUGCCAAACAAGACUUGGAGGAGCAACUAAAAGCGAUCGUGACGCAACGUGGCGAAGUGAACUCGCGCAUCCACGACUUGCACUUGCAAUUCGUCGCGAAAAGUGCCCAGGGUGAGGAGAAAUCCUCCAGUUCGAAGGAUUCAAAGUUGAGUUCUAGUCAAAAUUGGACAAUCCCUCGUCGACGCGGUUCUUGUAGUGAACUCGAUAGUGUUUUAGGAACGAGAAUCCCGAAAACCGGAGUACCGGAUAGCAGGAAGGUCGCGGCCAUUUUGAAGGAGUAUGAUCCGGUCGUGUUGCAGAAACAUUUGUUGGUGUCGACUGUGCAAAAUCAGGUGUUGAAGCAACAGUUAGAUACAGCAGGGGGAAUCGAACUGGGACUGAGAGCGAAAUUAGAUAAGGCUGUGGAAGAAAAUCAAGAUUUAAAAAGUGAUGUAAAUAGAUUAGUUAGUCAGUUGGAAGAUAAAACAAUAGAACUAGAAGGUACCAAAGCUCGGGUUCGAGCGUUGGAAGACUUUCACAAACCCCCUAGUGCAAAUAAAAGUUGUUCACCAGAUAUUAUUCCUAAUUUGGACGUGACGUCGGACUACAGACCUCCUUCUAGGACUGAAAUCAGUACUGCGAGCAUGAAGGCGAUGUCCCCAAUACAAAUGACCUUGAUAGACCACACAAGCAGUACUGAGUCGGCGCACGAUCAAGCCGAAAGUAACAGGAGUAAAGAGGGAUCAAAGAGGAGACCUAGUAAGAUUCCUUUAAAAAGUUACUCUGCACCUAAGCCUCCUGGAGGUAAACAUAGCCCAUCAGCACCGCGCAGCCGUAGCGGCGACUCACCGCACCGUUCGCACUCCGCGCAUUCAUGGCGGAACCGGAGCGCCGGCGACUCCUCGAACUCGCUGCCGAAGUCGCGCAACAGCUCGCUGGUGUCUGCGCGCGACUCGCUAUCGUGCAAACUGCGCAGCACCGAGUCGAUCUACAAGAGUAACUCGCCGAGCCAAACGAGCACGUUGAAAAAGUGGACGCCGACGAAAGAUGAAAAGGUUCAAAACUCAACACCACCCUCCGGAAAAUCUCUAUCUCCAUGGAUUCUCUCUUCAUAUAAAACUGAGCCUGUAGAAUAUCCAGACUCCUUGAUGGAGAAAAACUCCAUUCAAUCAACCAACGCCUUAUCUGAGAAUCACACUUUUCAAACAGCCAAUAACUCAACGUUCCUCUGGACAGCACGAAAUGACUUCUACGACAGUAUAGACAGCAACAUGGCGUCUUCUAGUUGCUAUUACAGAUCCAACGGCGAGGAUCUUGCUGAAUGUGAUUCUCUGGAAAGGGAGUUGCUUACUAAUUUGUCCUUUGGAACAAAAUAAUAGGCAAAGUGGUCUGAGAGUAAAAAAAACUCUUAAACAUUAAGCAUAAGCUGCUCCACUCAAUUUAGUGGUACUGGAUAUAAAUAUCAAUGUAUAGCUAGAUUUUUAUUUUUUUAUUUGAUCCAAUUGCAUUGCAUAUUGGAGAAAAGCUCAGUUGCACUGUUAUAGAUUUAUUUUAAAGUAAAAUGUGAA